GUCAGUCAAUUUCACAAUAUAAUACUGUUAACCAGCUAGGCUGACACGCAGCCUACUACUCCCGUCAGUGACUGCGGUUGGCAAUUUGAGAAUUGACUUGAAUGCUGAUUUGAGGAGAGAUCGACAAAGACAGGAGAUUAGUGGAUUUUUUAAAGGAAAAAAUGGGACGAUGACGGAUUGUGAGGAGCUAUCCAAUUGUUCAAACGCAUCUGCUUUAUCAGACAGACUAACAAUUCCCUCCGUUCAAAUCCAGGGACACUUCAGCAAGGAAUCGAGGAAAUAUAGAUUCAAACGAAGCAAAACUUCUAAGGGUUUGAGCCGUCGGUCCUCGCACUGUGUGGUAUCGCUGAGAGGACGCCCCAUAGAGGCAUUUGAAAUGAAUUCAGCACUGGGCCAGGCGGUCAGCAACCCAAAGUCGAGUGAUGUAACCGUUUCAUGCGCCAAAGGCAAAGAGGAAAAAAAGGGAAAAAAUCUAAUCAGAGGCUGGAAAAGGGAGAGGGAUGCUUUCAGGACGAGGAAAGAGAAACAUGAUGGUCAAAGAAGUCCCAUCUUAAAUUCUAUACCUGACCAUUUAUGCACCCUCGGAAGCAAAGCGAAUCCGUGUCAUUGUGCAGGGGGCAGAAUGGAAGACAUUACCAAAAACGGUUUGGAUUGUGGAAUAAAGGGCAGCGCUAUUGUUGUGAGGAAGAAUGACGACACUGUCACAACGGCAAAGAAACUGAGAACAGAAAAGGUGGAUUCAAUGUUUACAGUGCCUGCACCCCCGCCACCCGGCCCUCAAAGCCCAAUGUCCAAUGCCCCCUUCUCUUCACCCAUCUCAAAGCAACUUCUGGUGAGGACCAGAUCCAUAGGAACCAACACACAAGAUGGAGGGCCAGACACCGAUUCAUGUCGCCCUGGCCCUUGUCAGCCAGGCACCAGUGUCAACCUGGAGGGCAUUGUGUGGCAUGAGACUGAGGAAGGUGUCCUUGUAGUCAAUGUAACAUGGAGAAAAAGAACCUAUGUGGGGACUCUUUUGGACUGUACCAAGCAUGACUGGGCACCACCCAGAUUUUGUGAGUCACCAUCCAGUGACUCUGAUCUGCCAGGUGGCCGUGGCCGUGGUAAAAGGAUGCGACUGGCCAUCCCGGAUCGACCCUGUGUUGAACCUGGGCUUGCCAAGGUCCGAGGGCUGCCACAUAAGAGCCGUGGUGGGGGCAUUCACAGCAAGGGCCGAAGAGGGAGCCUUAAUCUGAUCAAUAACUGCAGAACACCUCCCUUUUUCACAGUUGAGGAGAUCAAGCCAAACUCCAUCCCAUCUGGGAAGAGGAAAAACAAACCACCGACUGAUCUGGAUUUGAGUUUAGUCACAGAUGACAUGAAAAAUGGAAACGGGAAGAGGAUCCGUGCCAAGUCCCGGAGUGCUCCUUCCACUCCACAGGGAAAGUCGGAUCCUACCUUUAACGAUUCGGCAUGUACCUCUCCCAUACUGAUAGACUGCCCCCAUCCUCACUGUAACAAGAAAUACAAGCAUAUCAAUGGGCUGCGGUACCACCAGACACAUGCACACUUAGAUGUGGACCGGAAGCCAGAGUUUGAGGCUGAGAUUGAGGACAGACUGUCUGAUUGUGAGGAGUCCCUCAGUAACAUGACUUUCGACUGCUCUGAUAUAACCAAUAGCUCAUCAAAGAAGCCCAGCCCCUUAUAUAAGGUUUCUACAAUAGGGUCUCCAAAAAGCAGACGAUUAAUGUUCAAUAGUGAUCAUAGUCCCAUGGCGAAUUCUAAAAUGAGGAGGAAUUCAUUGAUCAAAGAGGGACUCAUUGAUGACUUGAGUAACUUGCCAAUCAUCUCGAACAUGACUGUGGUACUGGAAAAUUGCCUUGUUACUGAUAGGAACUCCUCUGUGGAGAUGCCUAAGCUUGAAGCCGAGGGUUUGAUCGAUAAGAAGGGAGUGUGUGAUAAAGGGAAAAAGGUUAAUGGGAAAGUUGAGAAGUGUUCAUCUAAAUCUAGAACCAACAGGCCUAUAGCUCCUGCUCCCCCAAAGCUGAUUGCAAUCCCCAACACUGUGUUCUCCACUAACACAACAGAAGCCAACACACAGCAGUCUUCCCCAUCAGUAGCUGUUGGUGUCACCAUAACAAAGAACCUCUCACUUAAACCCAUCAAGCCAAAGUUAAACAUCAUGGUAGAGCCAAGUCUGGGUAAAACAACCCUAGUCACUUGCAAGGAGACCAGGAACAAAGACAAACGAAGAUUAAAAGACAAACACAAUAAAGACACAAGGACCUCUAAUGGCGAUAGCAUUCAACUAAAGAUGGACGAGGGAAAGGUCGUGGGAAAAGAACCUUCUGGAAGCCUUCUGAAAGAGCACUUGAGCAAACAAGACGUCAUGAACAGUCUAACGGAGUCUCAGGAGAGUAGAAUGGCCAGCAUCAGAGCUGAGGCUGACAAAGUGUACACGUUCACUGACAACUCUCCUAGUCCUUCCAUAGGUAGCUCUUCAAGACUGGACUGUGGCUCCCUUGAAAGUGGAGAUGGCACCACCACCAAAACUAACAGCCCGGCAUACUCAGACAUAUCGGAUGCAGGUGAUGAUGGGGGUUCAGACUGCCGUUCAGACACUAGGUCCAAAAGUCCAAGGUCCAUCUCAGCCUCUGAGAUGAACUCAAACAACAAUCCCAAUCUAAAUCCAAAGACUCCUCCAGCUGUAUGUAUUCCUGCAGGGCCUGUCAAAGACUCCCAGUCUCCUUUUUACCACGGAUAUGACCCCUACUAUAUUCAGAAUUACAUGCAGACCGGCCAGUCAAACACAGCUGCUUUCCAUAAGACCUCCACCCUUCAAGACAGUAAAUGCAAAAAGGAGGACAAUGAGGGGAGAAACACCCCGGAAUUAUUUGAUUCGAAGAAGACUGAUGUCAUCAACUCAAGUUCGCAGUCCCAGCUUCAGAUGGCGAUGACACAAACACACACGGCUCUUGCCCAGUCCUUGUACUACGGCCAGUAUGCACGAGGUCUUUACAUGGAUCAAAAACUCUUAAUUGCAUCCAAGUGCUGUGAUCAGCAGCAAAUCACCAAGCAGAGAGGAGGUCAAGCAAACCGAGAACCAGAUGAGUUGAAACACAUGAUAACCUCGACAUCUGUAUUAUCUAAGGGGACAGACUCUGUGAAAACGUGCUGUGCCAAACCUGGGCUCUCGUUUGCAGAAAUGGAUGAGCGACCCCAGACUCUGACCACACAGCCACAAGGGAAGCCGAUGCUUGUCAAUAUGACAGAAAACCAGGGACUUGUCAAAGACAGUGAUGAAAUGAAAUCAUCCAUGAAUCCAAAUAAUCAGACAGAUCUGGACUCAAAUGUAUCAUUUUCAAAUCAUGCAGAAGUCCAAUGCUGGUCCCGCCCAAAUCAAUCCAAUAAUGUGGAGCAGCAAAGUGAAGAGCUUAGCCAGAGCUCAGAGGAGUUAAAUGCUGACAUGUCUAAGGAGUGGGAGAUGCCCUCUGAGCCAGUGACAAAGUUGGGAGUAGAGCUCAAAAAGGCUACGAACCAGAACGUCACCACAUCAGACAUAGAGGACUGUGAUAGGCUAGAGGAGCAGCAGCCAAUAGGGGUCAUGUCUGAGGAAUCACAGAGUGCCAGGGUGGCUGUAUCACCAGCGAUGAACCCCCAACAACAACCCUAUAUCCAGUACCAGCAUUCCUACCAAUACCUACAGAUGUGUGACCCCAGCAACAACUCUUACACGGUCAAGUCACCCACCCUGGUGCAUAACUACCCACGUUUCCACUAUCCUCUCUAUGGGAAAACAGCAGGCAGAGAGGAGUCAGAUUUGACUCAGAACAGCCGUAGUGUGAGCAGUAAGCCAGCCAGUGAGUCUACUGCCCUUGAGCUUCUGCAACACCACAAUCUGCCAUACCAUGGCAAAUCCCCUGCGCCUGGUGAGAAAGGAUCCCUUGAAGGAGAGAGAGAGACUGACCGGGAGAGGAACCAUGUUCCCUUUGCCAGGCACCUUCACACUCAUCAUCAUACACAUCUUGGAAUGAGCUACCCACUCAUGUCUGGGCAGUACGACAUGUUCCAAGAUAAUGAAGGGAAGAAGUAAAACCAUGUGACUGGCUCACAUGAGGAUAAGAAGAUUUACAGGCAUCAAUUCCAUGGUGUUAUAUUCAUAGCCUCUAUGGGAGGCAGAGACCAAUUUCAUUUGCGAUUUAAUCAAUAUUUUAUAAGAGUCAGAGUAGUGGUAUUGUAAUAUUGGUGGAGAUAUGUAUCAAGUAACAAGACUUAAGUAUUUUGCAUUUGGAUGCCUGUCUGAAAACACACGUGACAAACCCCAUAGUGUCAUAGAAUCAGCCAUAAAUUGCCAUGCUACAAAGUUUAUAUGCACAUGUAUCGUAAUGUAAAUCAUAUGGUUGAAUGUACUGAAAUUUGUAUUAUCCCAAUGUUUUUUUCCGUUGGGAAACUGCAAUUGAAGUGCAAGAGUCUAUAAAGUGGUCCUCCCAGUAUUACUUAAUUACAUUUGUAUACUGUACUUGACUGUAGCCACUUGUUGAUUGUAUUGUCUUUGUGUGAGAGUAAAUCUUCACAUUUUACCAGUGCCAUAGAACUGUGGUGUAUAUAUUCUGUAUAGUUACAUGACAUAGUAUUAAAUGCUUAUUAUUUAUGUUUGUUUUCAUUUCAAUGCAUUGUAUUGUGAUUUACAUUACAGCACAUUACUUGCAUAGUCCCAGUGGUUGUUUUAUUAUUUGAAUAGUGCUACAAACUCUGUUUACAAGUAUUGACAUCUCUAGAGAAACUCUUCAAUGAAGUUGCAUGAUGAGUGUAAUUCACACAGUGUAUCAAGUUACUUUGGAAUCAAUUAAAAAUGGAAACUGCUGUUGCUUUUUUAUACUGUUUAUGCCUUAAUUCAUAUGUGUGGCAAUCAGAAUUAAAGGGUGUUUAUAUACAC